AAAGGCGGAAAGGCGCAAGAGCAAACCACAAAUUGGUUUGCCAAAAAAACCAAUUACCUCGUUGCCAGAGAGACUAAUGUUUCCGAAAAGUGUAAGUGCGAGAUGCAAUUAAUUAGUUGAAACGUACCAGUUCUAGUUCUCUAAACAAACAACAAGAGAACACUCUCUCAAAGACCGAAAACAGUGUGCGAAAUGGUUUAAAGUGUAGGAAAAACAAUGGCAGCAUUAUCUAGCACCAUGGAUAUGGAUUAUAUGGAGGCAAUAGCCAGCAGCAGCAGCGGCGCGGCGGCAACAUAUCAGCCACAGAAGCAACAACAACCUCCAGCGAUGGCAACGCAACAGCGGAAAACAGCACGGCCAUUGGCACGACUACCGACUCCACGGAUUACAUGUCCGGCGAUGAUGAGGAGAUGCUACGCAUCGCCUUCUUCAUUGGGGACUUUGUCCAUCAGUACUACAUUCCGAUACUCUGCUGCACGGGCAGCAUCGGCAACAUCCUCUCCGUGUUUGUCUUCUUCAAGACAAAGCUGCGAAAGUUAUCGUCGAGCUUCUACCUGGCAGCGUUGGCCGUGAGCGACACCUGCUUUCUGGGCGGACUCUUUGCCCAGUGGCUGAACUUCCUCAACGUGGACAUCUACAACAGGAACUACUUUUGCCAGUUCUUCACAUUCUUCAGCUACCUGGCCAGCUUCUGCUCCGUGUGGUUUGUGGUGGCCUUCACCGUGGAGCGCUUCAUAGCGGUCAUCUAUCCAUUGAAGCGCCAGACCAUGUGCACAGUGCGCCGGGCGAAGAUAGUGCUCUCGUGCCUGACACUGGCCGGAUGUCUGCACUGUCUGCCCUACAUCCUGAUUGCCAAGCCCGUUUAUAUAGCCAAGCUAAAUGCCACCAUUUGUGAUCUCAACUCGGAAUACAAAGAGCAACUGGCCCUGUUCAACUACUGGGACUCGAUUGUCGUCUAUGCGGUGCCCUUCACCACCAUCGCUGUGCUGAACACCUGUACAGGGUGCACAGUGUGGAAGUUUGCCACCGUCCGACGGACCCUCACGAUGCACAAGAUGAAGCCACAGACAACCAGCAUGCCAUCGAAUUCAACGAGCCCCUCGGCAGUUUCCUCGUAUCGGAUCUCGGCAUCAUUGAAGCGCCAGAAGUCCACUGGCACACAUCCCAGUGGUCAGCAUAGUGUGGCCAGGCAGCAGCAGCAGCAGCAGGAGGAGCACCACCAGCAGGAGCACCAGCAGCAGCAGCAGCAUAUAAACAGUUGUCAGCACCAUUGCGAGAUUACAAAGAAGUCAGAUCGUCGUCACAAGGUGCAGAACUCGUCGCAGCUGAAGGUAACCAAAAUGCUGCUCAUUGUCUCGACGGUUUUCGUGUGCUUGAAUUUGCCAAGCUGCCUCCUACGCAUCGAAGCCUACUGGGAGACGGAAUCGGCCAGGAAUGAGAACUCAACAAUUGCUUUGCAAUAUAUAUUUCACGCUUUCUUCAUCACCAAUUUCGGCAUCAAUUUUGUGCUCUACUGCGUCAGUGGGCAGAACUUUCGCAAGGCAGUGCUGAGCAUUUUCCGGCGUGUGUCCGCCGCCCAACGUGAGGCGGGCAACACUCAGGUGACAGUGUCGGAAUAUUGCCGUAAUACAGGCACCUCCACCCGUCGGCGGAUGAUGACGCAGCAUUGCUGGAACGAAAUGCACGAGUUGCAUCCACUCAAGUGAGGCAAGUAAGGUGGAAGCUAUGAGGCAGCAGUCGGGCCACUCUUGAAAGACGAAUGGCAAAUGGAGGAGAAACAGCGCCCGGGGAUAAGCGGGAAUUUCGAUUUUAAUUAGAUUGCAGCAAACAAAACUCACGAAAAAAAACUCACGAAAAAUAAGAUAAAGCACACAAAAAAUGAAAAGUCCAAGAAAAAUUAGUAUUCAGAGGAUACAAAACA